AGCGCGCAAUUUGAGCAAAAUGGCGACGUUGUAGACGAGAUUGACGAUUAUAGAAGCGACAAUAUCUAUAGCUAUAUUAUGAAGUAAUAAUAAGUAAUAAAUACUAAUAACGACGAAAACGCUUUAAAGUUUCGAUACCCUAAAAGGCUAAAACCAUCAUCACGUAACGUGCCCCACGAUAUACGAUUAUAUGCUGAGCGUUAUACAAACAUGUAUUCACUAAGUUAAACGAUCGAAUGGCGUCGAAACAGACUUAGCGGGGUAUUAUAGCGAAACAACCCAAAACACGGUAAUAUGGGCACAAGAGUGGCAGCAGCGCAUUUCUCGGACAAGACGUUUGUUGGGGUGCCACAGCUGCUAGAAGAUCUUCAAAAAUUGGCCGACGAUCAUGAAUCAGCCGAUAUCGUGUUCCUUAUUGGUCGAGAAGAAGUACCCGUUUAUGCCCAUCGAAUAAUCUUAAUGACAAGGUGCAAAAGCUUCCAAUCGGUGAAGCGGAGUGAGAUAUGUCGCAUACCCGGUUGUUCCGUAUCGCCGUCAGCCCCCGGGACGCCGACCCCCAUCCGGUUACCACAGUUCCAGGGUGAAACUUUCAAACAAUUCAUCAAUUACGUAUACACGGGCAAGAUUGUUUUACAAGAUGGCGGGGUUUUCGAAAUGCUCACGUUGGCUCAAGAACUGGGUGUAGAAGACCUGCAAAACAGUUGCGAAGAGCACGUGACUUCGACCAUGUCCGUGUUGAACGCUUGUACGUUUUUGGCUGCAGCAAUGGACAUACAGGACAGAGCUUCCACAGGUGGAAAGGGUGCAAAGUCGUUUGUCGAUCGAUGCGUUUCAUUUGUGGGCGAGAACGCGGCGAAAUGUGUGAAAACCAACUCAUUCCUGAACCUACCCAAGGAAUCGCUAAUCAAACUCAUCUCGUCAGAUUGCUUAGCGCUCGAAGAGGAGGACGUAUGGCGAGCUGUAGUCAACUGGGCGAAAUUUCACGCAGGUGUGGUGCAACGGACGGCUCAUUGGACCGAAGAGGAACGGGCCAGGGUGUGCCAACAUUUGUCCGGAGUCAUCAAUCACGUCAGAUUAUUGUUGAUAGACUCACAGGUGUUUGCCGAAGAAGUGGAACCGACUGGUGCCGUACCCAUAGAAAUGUCUCUAGAACGGUACCGUUACGCGGCGUUACCGAACAAAUUCAAAGAGAUAUCGGACGACCAUCGUCUGCAGCCGCGAGUCAUGCUCAAGUUCUUUUCGGGGUCUCAUAUUUUAAGUCAAGAUAAAACCCAUCUGCAACGAGUGUUAAACCAGUGGUAUGGCAGUGUAAAACAGUGUUGGAGGUUGAUCUACAGAGCGUCCACCGACGGGUUUUCCGCCGAAUCGUUUCAUAAGCACUGCGAUGGCGUGUCGCCCACCUACGUUUUAGUAUUGGGCGUAAACGGCUGGCUGUGCGGAGGAUACAGUGACGUGCCGUGGGGUAAGAGUCACACCAAGGGUGCUUACAUGGUGUCCGACAAGAGCUUCCUAUUUUCACUCAGCACCACUCACGAAACCCCACCAAUAAAAUACGAUAUUGUUAAAAAACCGUAUGCUAUAUGCUACCAUCAAGAAAUAGGUCCGAUAUUCGGGGCCGGCGCCGACUUGCUGAUCGCCAAUAAUUGUAACGCAAAUAUGGACAGCUACAGCAACCUGCCGCACUCGUACGACGGUGAAAAUGCAUCAACCAACUCACUAAUGGGUGACUACAAUUUUACCGUGGCCGAUUACGAAGUGUUCACACCCGUAGCUACGUCGAAAUGAACAUAACUGCUUGGGCGUUUUUAUCCACCGGAUAUUGACAACUGUUUAAUACAUGUUUUAAUGUUAUAGUAAAUCAGAAGAGCUAACUGAUCAAAAUUUAAAAAAAAGUUACGUCUUCAAAUGAAGAAACAUUGUGGUAUUAGAUCAUCACGGAGACGUAUCUUUUAUACAUUAUAUAAUAUUAUAACUACUUAAUAA